CUCCCCCAAAGCCCGGUGCCCAAAAUAGAGACGUCUGAUUUUUGGAGGGGAUGUCUCGUCACGUGCAUGCCGGAGACGCCGAGGCGCGAGAGCCGCUCCUCACCGGUGCCUACCCGAGGCCAGGCGAGCUGGACUCAGACGAAGGUGAAAUCAUUUUCGAAAGGAGCGCAUCAAAUACCCCAUGUGACGCUGGUGGGAGCUCCCAGAGAAGAUUAACAUAUGAAGAAGCCGUAGAGAAAGCAGGUUUUGGAUUGUUUCACUGGCUGCUGUUGGUGGUGUGCGGUUGGGCGAAUGCCAGCGAUGCCGUGGAGAUUCUCUGUGUGUCUUUUCUCCUGCCAACAGCGCGCUGUGAUCUGCAGCUGAGCUCUUCAGACAUGGGCCUGCUCACUGCCAGCAUUUUCCUGGGAAUGAUGGUGGGCGGCUACAUGUGGGGAUACUUGGCUGACCAGAGGGGACGUUGCAGGGUCCUGGUUACGUCCCUGACAGUAAACGGGCUGUUUGGAGGUCUGGCCAGCGUGGUGCCGUGGUUCUGGCUCUUCCUGGUGAUGCGGUUCAUCAGUGGCAUCGGUGUCGGCGGGUCGAUCCCUGUAAUCUUCUCCUACUUCUCAGAGUUCAUGCCUCGUCUGAGGAGAGGUGCAAUGAUCAGCGCUCUGGCCACUUUCUGGAUGGCAGGAAACAUCUUGGCUGCAGGUUUAGCCUGGUUGGUUAUCCCAAAAACCUGGGGACAUUUUUCACUGGGAUCACUGGAGUUUAAGAGCUGGCGACUGUUUGUGGUGCUCUGCUCUGUUCCCAGCCUCACCUCAGCCCUCCUCUUCAGGCUGUUCAUGCCUGAAAGCCCCAAGUUCCUCAUGGAGGCUGGCCGAGAGAAAGAGGCCAUCCAUGUAUUCCAAAUGAUGUUUCAGCUGAACAUGUGGAGAAAGGGAAAGGAUUUACAGGAAUUUGGUUUGUGCACUGGCUCCAAGCAAAAGGGAGAACAGGAUGAGAUCAGAACGCAGGGUUCAAGAAGAGAGAGACUCGUCUGUAUUUUAAAAAAGGCCUUGGUUCCCAUUAAAAAGAUGUUUGAUGACUCACUCAAAUGCAGGAGCAUCAUUCUGCUCAUCAUCUUCUACUGCAUCUCCUUCGGUUAUUACGGACUGUGGAUGUGGUUUCCAGAGCUGUUAAAGAGAGUUGAGGACGGCGGUUCUCCCUGUGCCAAUUUGUCCGUGCCGUCUCCACUCCACGACCAAAGCUGCUACCCAGUCAAGACAGCAGUGUACAUGGAGGGCUUCAUUAUUGCUGCGGCAAAUCUACCAGGAAACAUCUUCACCAUUCUGAUGAUGGACAGCAUGGGAGGAAAGGCUCUGCUGUCCUGCAGUCUGCUGGUGUCCUGUCUGAGUGUCUUCUUCAUCUAUGUGGUUCAAACAAAAACCCAGAGUCUGAUCCUGUCCUGCGUCUUCAGUGGCGUGUCCGUGAUCGCCUGGAACGCCCUGGACGUGGUGGGAACGGAGCUCUACCCAACGCAGCUACGGUCCUCUGCUCUCGGUUUCUUCACAGGAGUGGGCCGAGUGGCAGCCAUCACGGGUAACAUAGCCUUUGGGAAGUUGGUGGACACAAACUGCGCCGUGCCGAUCCUGCUGGUGUCGGCUCUGCUGCUGACCGGAGGACUCGUGGCUCUUCUGCUCCCACAAACCAGGCAGACUGAGCUCACCUGAUGGCGCAGAAUAUACAUCACAUUAUUUUAUAUGAAAAUAUUAUUAGCAAACUUCCUCUUUAUUGCCUCAUGGAGGCAGACGAGAGAUCGCUGUAGUUGUCCUCUGAUCAUUUAUCUCUUGUUUCUGCUCCGAGAGGAUGUUUGAAUCUUGUGCCUUCUGCCAUCUCUCUGUGCCUUUUCACAGUGCCUCAUUUCAAAUGCCAACAAAAAAGAGAAAUUGUAAAAAGACAGUGGAGAUAGUUUCCAGGAACAUAAGGAGAAAAAAAUGCAGGUGUGUGUGUGCAGGUGAGCUCGUGAGGACUGAAGUCCUAACCAGACAAGAGUGUGAAGGACGCCUUUUUAAAAGUUUGUCUUUCUCUGAACUCUACAAAAAUCCUAUCUUACACACAGAGUUCCCACACAUUUAAAUGGACAAAAUGUCAAACUUUUCGAUGACUUUUCAAGGAUCAUUAUAAAAGAAAAUAUUUUACUUUUCAAACAUAUCAGAUUCGAACUCAAUUCGAACAUAAUUUCAGUUAGCGGCCAAACAUGAAGGGAGAGAAGAAAUGUAGGGAGAAAAUGAA